CCAGCUAGCUAACAUGUCAAUGUGAAUGUGAACACAUCGUGUGCAGAAUGACCUCAUUUAAUAGAAAUAUUAUCAUUAAAUAGUGCUCGCACGUCCAAGAAACAUGGCUUGUUUCUUUAGACGAAGAAUAGCAGAGAAGCUGGGCAGGACGCUGCAGCAGUCUGAGGACGCCUUCAUACCAGCUCUGUCAGCAGUGCCUGUCUUUAAGAAACAACAGCAGACUGCUGACUUCAAACUGUCUCUCAACACGUUACGAGUCAGUGGCAUCUUACCAUCCAGUGGAGACAUCCAGCUGCAAACAGAAGAUUUGGCUUCUCGGUUGAAGCAGGACAGUGUGGUGGAGGAUGUAUCAGCUGGGAGUGGAGUCAUCAACUUCAGAGUUAAUCGCAAACUUCUCGUCCAGAAAAUAUUGGAGCCAUUUGGAAAGGAGGAGGAUGAUAAAUUUGGGCUAAACAGUGAACUUUUUAAUACCCUGAAGAGAGGAACAACAUUAGUGGAGUACAGCUCUCCAAAUAUUGCAAAAAAAUUCCAUGCUGGACAUUUGCGAUCUACGAUUAUUGGUAACUUCAUUGCUAACCUCAAGCAGUCCCUGGGAAAUAAUGUCAUUCGUAUGAACUACCUCGGUGACUGGGGUAUGCAGUUUGGUUUGCUGGGAGCUGGAUUCGGCCAGUUUGGAUGUCAGGAGAAGUUGAAACAGAAUCCCUUACAGCAUUUGUUUGAGGUUUAUGUUCAAGUGAACAAGGAGGCAGAGCACAAUGAGGAUAUGAGGCUGGCUGCCAGAGACUUCUUUAGACAGCUGGAGCAACAUGAGAGCCAGGCUGUGUCGUUAUGGCAACAGUUCAGAGAGAUCACUGUGGAAGAGUAUCAACACGUUUACAAGCGGUUGGGGGUCCACUUUGAUAUUUACUCCGGGGAGUCCUUUCACCAACAUCAAGCCCAGGAAGUGGUGCAGCAGCUGCGGAGCCAAGGUCUGCUGAAAACCACUGAGAAGGGAACCGGUGUGGUGGAUGUCUCUCCUGCUGGGGACAUGAGCAACAUCUGCACAGUGCUGCGCAGUGACAGCACAACUCUCUACAUCACCAGAGAUAUCGCUGCAGCCAUCGACCGGAGAGAAAAGUUCAAUUUUGAUGAGAUGAUUUAUGUGACAGACAAAAGUCAAGCAAAUCACUUCCACCAGUUGUUCCAGAUCCUUCUUGCUUUGGGACAUACUUGGGCUGACAGAUGUCAGCACGUGCCCUUCGGCCUGGUGCAGGGCAUGAAGACCAGGAUCGGCGAAGUGGUGUUUCUGGAGGACGUGCUGGACGAGGCCCGAGCCAGGAUGCUGCACAACAUGAACCAGUCAAAAACAACAAAGGAGAUGGACAACCCUGAGGACACAGCAGAGAAAGUAGGAAUCAGUGCACUAAUAAUUCAGGACUUCAAAGGUCCCCUGCAGUCAGACUAUAAGUUCGACUGGGAUCGGAUGCUGCAGGCUCAGGGAGACACAGGCGUCUUCCUCCAGUACACGCAUGCUCGACUCUGUAGUUUAGCACGGAGGAAUAAGGGCAUCGAGGUGGUUGAGUUCAAUCCAUCACUUCUACUUGAGCAGGCGAGCCUCAGUAUUGUGCAGCACCUCCUUCGCUAUGAUGAGGUGCUGUACCAGUCGGCCCAGGAUCUGCAACCUAAACAUCUCGUCAACUUUUUAUUGAAGCUGUGCCACCUGGUUGCCUCAGCACACAGGGAGCUGCCAGUAAAAGGAAGUCCUCAGGAUGUUGCACAGAAUUUCACACCGCGGAGCUUCAAGUGCUGCUUUCAGAAAUCAGGAGUCAUGUCACCCAGUGCAGCGGUGUGGCUCAUUGAUGUGUUUUUUUGGAGGUCUACAGCACAGUAAUAUUACUCUUUGGAUACACACAACACUUUGCUUUGGGUCAAUCGCCAGCCUAAAUUAAUUUUUUAACUGUUAACCAGCAUGAACACAAUUAGUAGAUAAAAGUGUGUGAAGCUAAUGUGAUUGACUGUUAACAAAGGAAAAACGACAAACAUGUCAAUUUUCUAAAUGUCAACAGGCAAGAUUACAACUGUUCAACGGCGCCUGCUCAGUCCUGGCCAAUGGGAUGAGGAUCCUCGGCAUCACACCGGUUCAUAAGAUGUGAAAAAUAUCUGUCUAUACUUGUGUAAUUUCACUGUUAUUGAUACCAAACUGCUGCAGAUCAUUUGUAUUGUAA